CAGGGGGUUUGAACCCUCACAGUCACUCUCGGAAUUCGCCGCAAGUCACGUCCACACCUCAGCCAAGAUGUUCAAGUUCCUGCUCGUAGCCGCCCUGGUGCCAGCGAUGGCCCUGGCCAACGUUGCCUUCACUGGCUGCCCCAACGGAGCCCCGACUCCGGCGUCGCUGACCGUGAACCAGUGCUCGGGUGAUGUGUGCAUCCUGCAGGCCGGCCAGCCCCUGACCGCCACCGCCACCGGAAUCGUGAGCCCCGUCGGAUCUGCCACCGCCACCGCCCACAUCGUUGCCCGCGUUGCCGGUCUGGACGUCGGAUUCGAGAUCCCGCCGGCGCUGGUCAACGCUUGCCAGGUUGGAAUCGAGGGAGGCUGCCCCGUUGUCGCCGGAACGCCGUUCACCUACACCCUGAAUGAUCCGUCCCUGGACGCCCCGGCCCGUGACAUCGAGGUCGAGAUCGAGGUCGGUCUGACCGGCGAUGGUGGCUCCAACCUGGGAUGUCUGCGUUUCCGUGCCCGUAUCCAGUAAAUGGUUUAUGCUGCUCCAUUGUUUUGGGCGACGUAAUAAAACUGUUUUAUGGCAU